AUGUCGAAGCUCACUCGCUCAACGCUGGACCUUAAAGACACUCAACAGGGACCCGCCGCGGUCGAGGGCGACCAUCUUGUGGCCGGCGCCUCCUGUUCCGCUUGCACGCCGGGAUUAGAUAUGGAUUCUGCCCAUAGCUUCUCACAAAGACAAAACCAACCUGGGGACACUUCCCCGUCCUCGCCACCGGGACGCGGACGUCCCGUACAGGAACAUGCUCUCGAUUCCAACCCGCCUUCGCCGCUCUCUGCAGCUCUUCUUUCAAAGAGAACCCCUCGAACCCUUUCAGCGGACUCUUACCCAUCUGCGCCCCUGUUGCAGCAGGCUCAACCCGACCACGCGUGCGCACCUUUCGGAAGCCUUAUACGAUACACAUACCCCAUCGAGCCGCCGCUAGACAGCAGUGACCCCAAAUGGCUUGAGCAAAUGUUCCAGCAGAGGCACACAGAGCAACGCUUCGUUGGGGACGACAUCCUUGCAACCGAGUCGAUCUUCGGUGAUGUGGCGCGCGAAUUGCGCAUUGCGGAGAUACAACUCGAACAGGAGCGGAAGCUCUCGCAAGUUGCUGUCAAGCUGCUUGGCAGGUUAGCGGGCGCCCAAUUCGAUGUAUAUAUGAACCAGCGUGUGGCGGCGGGUGAUGGCAACCUGUCAGAGGAAAGCGACAUCGGCAGUCAUAAGCCCCGCCAGACUAGGGACAAUGACUUCCCUCACAUCACUACACCGAAAAAGCGUCCCCAAGAGGACGGGAACGACAAUGGCGGUGGAAGCAGCAGCGAUGAGGAGGGAAACGGCGGUGGUCGCAAGAUCCGCCGCGACAACAAGCGUCAACGACUAGCGCUCAAGCCAGAGUCGGCGGUAGUGUCGGCAGAAGAGCCCAGGGACGACAUCAAAACCCAGUAG